AUGCUGCACCUCAUGAGGCCAAUCAUCCAGAAUCACAUCAGGAUCUUUGUCUUUCUUUCUUUGCUGAGCUGCUUCACUCUAGCAGAUUCGGCCAGUGCACUCCCCUCUACUCGGACCACGCCAGCACCGCAAGCAUUGUUUAGCGCCACAUCCCAGCGCCUCUACCCCCCUAGCCGUCUUGAGUCAUCCCAGUGGAAAGAUGGCAUCGAGUUGAUGUCCAGGCAGGAUGCAGUUGCUGGCAACUCGUCUUUACUGAGCACUUGGACACCGCCCUUGAGCACGCGAGGCAGAUACAUCGUCGAUGCGAAUGGCAAACGUUUCAAGUUGCGCGGCGGCAACUGGCACGGAGCUUCAGGCACUUAUCUUGGCCGCGGAGACUACAACGAUCCAGCAAAUCAUCACGCGGGUGAGCUGGCGUAUCAGACGCCUCUGUGUCUAGACCGCGUCGCGCUCCAAGAGAUCGUGGCUCAGUUCCUGGCGCUGGGCAUCAACACUGUGCGCCUGCCAUGGUCCAAUGAGAUGCUGCACACGGCUACGAUUGUGCCAGACAGCGCGUUGAGAGCCAAUCCGCAGCUGAUGGGAAUGUAUCCACUGCAAAUUUUCGACGCUUGCAUCACUGCCCUCACUCGGGCUGGCAUCGCUGUCAUCUUGAACAACCACACAGUGAAGAGCAUCUGGUGCUGCGGAUUGGACGUCAACUCUAGAUGGAACGGGGCGCAAACGGAUCAGCAGUGGCAAGCAGACUGGGUGUUCCUCGUCCAGAGAUAUGCGAACAACACGCGCGUAAUCGGUGCCGAGCUGUACAAGUCAGUCAAAGUCUCGUGAAUCGAAAGACGCACACGUAGGCGUAGCUCACACCAUCUCGCCAAAUCCAAUGCGCCAUGACCCAGCGAGGUACGGCGUGAUAUCCUUCUUGAUCCAACAUGGGGUGGCGGGGGGGCAGCAGAUUGGUGGCGAGCCUCGCUUGACGCUGCCAACCGAAUACAUCGCGAAGCGAACGCGGACAUUUUGAUCGUCAUCGAUGGCAUCAACUACGUCGGAAUCCCUUCGCCUUACACGCCGUGAGCAUCACAGCUGCUUGGCAUUUGUGAUGAAAGACUCGCUAACCUCUUUCGCCAAUCUCCCAGACAUUAUCGGCCAGAGCUAGCACCAGUGCAGGACCUCAGUCACGCGCUUGCGAUUCCAGACAAGCUGGUGUACGCAGCGCACUUUUACGCUUACACCGGACCGAACGCAACGGGCGGCAACGAGCCCUUUGACCUCAAUGAGCCCACCUACGCUGAAUUGAGCCCAGCGGAUUUGAAUGCCACUAUCAACCGGCUAGCGUCGUACGUUGCGUCUUCCAUCCACCAAGUUCAAAAACACUACACUGCGCCAGUGUGGAUUUCGGAAUUUGGUAUUGGACGUCUGGGCACCUCGCAAACAGACAAGGGAUGGUGGGGUCGCUUCGUCUCACUGCUGAUCGACCGAGAUCUCGAGUUUGCAUACUGGCCACUCGUGGGCUGGCAAGCCGCGGGUGUCGGCGAUGGAUAUGCGUUGCUUGAAUGGAGCUCUUCCGGAGAGCUGCUCAGCAUUGACAGCCCCGGCGCCAACGACUUUCGCGCUUCGAGCUGGAAUCGUCUGCAACAAGCUUUGGGCCGAUUUGAAUCCGCUGCCGAUGCCACGGUGUCUUCAUCGGUCAACACUACUGUGCCAUCGGUACCUCGGUGGCUGAUGCUCGGCACAGAUCGCGGCAGCGUGCAGCAGAGCAACGUCAUAGCCGGAGAUAUUCGCUACUUUCCCGGCGACACGAAGGCUUCGUGCCCAGACGGCUUGCGACUGAUCGGCCUGACUCACCAAUCAAAGCCUCGCGGCCUGUGCACAGAUGCCGUCUUCGGCAGAGACUUGUGGCCAAGUGCAAAGCGCGAGUGGGAGGUGGUGACGGACGAGCGGCACGUAUCGCAUGACUGGGCAAAAGGGUACACUAAGCUGGAAUGCGCAUCUGGAGCCUUCAUCGUUGGAUACGCUUUCGACGAUGAGGGUCACAGUAGAAGCUCGUACUGCGCCAAAAUGUCGGUCCAGAGCGAUCCUGCGCGUACAGCGACCGCUCAAGGUGCGCGCACGGUCUGGUUCGAUCGACACGACGCCAUGGGUCGAAGCGGAGUGACCCAGGAGCAAGCGCAGCACGGCAUCUUCGCCAGCGAUGGCGGGACAGCGGGCUCGUGCGCAGAUGAUGAGCUCCUGGCUGGUUACGCCUUUACCACUCGCGACCACGGCGGGUGGCCCGCUGCUCUCCUUUGCAGGAACUUCAACUCCUCUGCUACACCCAUUGGCUCAGCGGAUGCUGCCUUGGCAUCCAGCAGACUGUACAUUGGCUUGGAUAUGUUCGGCGUGUUGAUUGGCGGAUCAAUUGCCCUUGUGCUGACAGCUUGGCAGGGCUUGCGAGACGCCUUGAUGCUUGUAUUAUAG